UUUUCCGCGAAUGCGUUGCAGUUUCCUACAUGACCCGCCUGUCACUGUCAGUGUCAUUGUCAUUUAAGUGUCAAAAGUUUGUUUAUUGUUGAUGUGUUUUUCGUGUUGUUUUUCUUAAUUGUUGUAACAAGUCGAUAUGAUGGGCAUAACGGGCGCCUUCUCUAGCCUUGGAAUUAAUGAGCGGGCGCGUACGCCCCCAAAAAAUCACAGUACAUUGAGCCUCCCUAAUUUGGUGGCUUCAGACCGCCCCAUUUCGGUCAAUUUUCUCCCAAAUUGUGGCUGUGACGACGAAACGGAACCAAGCGAACAACCGGUCGAUUUUAGCAAGAAAUACUGUGAGACUAAACAAGUCAAAAACUGCACCUUUACUAAAGUUGUCAAAAGUUACCACAAUAGUUUUACCAUGUACGCAGAGACUGAUUUGGACCAACCGACUGACUAUUCGUUACGUUACGCUGAGGAUGAUUCUGAUUCCGACCAGUGCAAUAAAAUCACAAAGACUGAAACUGGGGAGUUCGUGCAAGACACUAUUAAGACUUAUUGCACGGAAGACACGCCAUACGAGACCCCUUUUAAUUUCUCCACGUCCACGUCAAUGUCUGACUUACGAAUCGACGAUAAAGCCCCCUUGAAAGCCAAAGACGUGACGGUGAUUAACAAAGACUUGGCCCCUCCUAAAAUCAAGUCCGAGUUCAGUUCCGGGCUGAUGUCUCCGGAAAAACCGGUCAAUUACUGCGAGGAAGGCACUCCGGGGUACUUCUCACGCGUUCCCAGCUGUGGCUCCCUAAAUUCGAUCCCGAAACCGGAACUAAAGGAAGAAAAAAAGGAAUCAAGGGAACCCAAAGCUGUAAAAUUCGAAGAAGUCGUAAAUUACGCCCAAGAAACCCCCUUAAUGUUCUCAAGGACGAGCUCUUUGGCGUCCUUGGACAGCAUCGAACAACACUCGAUUCACGACGAUCGCAGUUCUGUUGUUUCGGAUUUCAGUCGCUUAACGAGCGGUUUGAUUUCGCCGAGCGAAUUGCCCGAUUCGCCCUCGCAGACGGUGCCCCCGAGCCCCAAACCGCACAAAAACCCCAAACGAAAGAUUGUGCCAAAAUCGAGCGUUUUCGAAGACGCUGUUAAGAAAUUUGAAACGGAACGAACGCCUUCUCAUUUUUCGACUGCCACUAGUUUGAGUAGUUUAAUUGACGAGGAAAUUGAUGCCAAAACUGGAGAGGUUGAUGGUGGUGUUAAGGAACCAGAGCCAGAGGUUUUGGAUAAUUUGAGUGAAAGUUCGGAAGAUGAGGGAAUUUUGGCGGCUUGUAUCAACAUAGGGAUGCAAAAUAAUAGGUAUAGUCAAGCUAAAGCGACACCAGCGCCCCCAAGUGACAUACAAGCGAGUUAUACAUUUAGUAAAAAGAGUGAUAUUGAAAAAUUGGAUAUUACGGGUGAUUCGGUUAAGACGUACUGUACUGAAGAUACUCCGGCUAUUUUGAGUCAUGCUGGGUCGAAUUCUGAUCUUAGCAACUUAUCUUUGCUCGGAAAAUCGGAAGGAAAUAAAAUUUUAGAAGUUGAUCCAGGACCCAGUCAUGAUAAUGUAGUGACAGGGCUGAAAACAACCGAAAUUCCAACUACGGGAAGUCCGCCGUCUCGCCGUUCGUCUUUUUCUCUGAGUGACGAUUCGGACGAAGCAGGGGAGGCUCUGCUCCAGGAAUGUAUUUUAGCAGGAAUGCCCUCGAAAGCGUCAAUUUCGGGGGCCCCUGACGUGCCAAAAAACUUACCUAAUCCGGACCUGUCACGUAACCAAAUCAUUGAAAGCGAAUCGUCGGACGAAGACGAUAAAAUUUUAUCAGAGUGCAUAAACAUCGGAAUUACAAAAAAUCGUUAUACACAACCAAAAAUUGUAAACGAUACAAUUAAGAGUUACUGCACUGAAGACACUCCUGCCAUUUUAAGUCACGCCGGUUCUUGCUCUGAUCUCAGCGUCCUCUCUAUCCAAAACGGGGACGAAAAAGAAUACUUUUCCGACCUGAGUAAUUUUUCGUCAGAAGAAGACGAAAAGUUAUUGGAGGAGUGCGUCAAGUUUGGAAUGGCCGUAAUUGCCAAAAAUAAAUCCAACUACGAUAAAAUGGGCGAAACUUCCGGGUCGAGACAAAAAAGCAAAAUUGAAAAUUUCUCCUCUAGUGAAUCAGAUUCGGACGAGUCGGAGCAAGCCCUCCUCCAGCAGUGCAUCGAGGCCGGGAUGCCCAAGCGCCCCCAGUCCCCCGACUUGACCCCCGCUGAGAAAGCCCUCCUCGAACAGUGUAUCCUUGAAGGGAUGAAAAAGUGCCGAAACGUCCCGAAAAAACCCUUCGAGGACGACUCCUCGGAACUGACGGAGGCCGAACAAGCCCUCCUACGGCAGUGUAUCCUGUCCGGAAUGCCCAAAAAUAAGAACCUGACUCAAGGGGGCCCCUCGGCCGUGAGGGAAUCCCACGAAUUGAGCGAGGCCGAAAGGGCACUCUUACAACAGUGUAUUUUGGCCGGAAUGCCAAAAAACAGGCGGCGGAAAGAACGGGUGGAGAGACAGGAGCACACGUGUUGCGUGCACUGUCCCCGAAAGGGGGCCAGGCGGAAAAAAUACAAAGUGAAGGAGAGUCGCGAUGUUAACAUUGUGUACGUCACGAGUCAAAUUGUGGUGAAGAAGGAGGUGGAUCGGGGGCACGAGGAGUGGGUUUGAGGGCCAAAUGUUGUGUAAUUGUGAUAAAUAAAUCAAUUUUUUUGCAAUCUAUGUUUUUUUAAUUCAAUGGAAUGUAUAAAAUGACCGCUUAAACCGCCACGAAAAGUUGUGUUUUAAACUAAGGAACGUGGGAAAAGCCGUUUAAGUGGUAAAUAAGUCGAAUUAAUUAAUUUUCCGCCCAUUUUAAUGACUUAACACGCGGCGCUCUAGCGGUUGUUACGUCAAUGAGUUGCCCCUAACCUCACUUUUUCCAAAACAACCCCCUUUAUUUUACAUGUUAUAAAAGCGUGAAAUAUGAAUAAAACCGAACUGGAAGGCACCGCGCACUUGUUGGACGAGCUCGACA